CAGGGGCAGCUCAGGAUGACCAACAACGGCCACUCUGUUCAGAUCGAUUUGCCACCCACCAUGAACAUCUCCAGAGGGCUCCCAGGUGUCUACACAGCUGUCCAGAUGCACCUGCACUGGGGUGGGCUGGACCUGGAGAGCAGCGGCUCGGAGCACACCAUCGACGGCAUGCGCUACUUCGCCGAGCUGCACAUUGUCCACUACAACUCUGCUAACUACUCCAGCUUUGAAGAAGCCAAAGACAAGCCCCAGGGGCUGGCUGUGCUGGCCUUCCUGUACACGGAUGGGCACUUUGAGAACACCUACUACAGUGAAUUCAUUUCCAAACUGGCAAGGAUCAGGUUUGCAGGUCAGUCAACCACGCUGAGCUCUCUGGACAUCCAAGCCAUGCUGCCAGAAAACCUCUCCCACUUCUACAGGUACCAGGGCUCCCUGACCACCCCGCCCUGCUCCGAGAGCGUGAUCUGGACCAUCUUCCACUCCCCAGUUGUGCUCUCACACACGCAGGUCCAGCUCCUGGAGAACACCCUGCUGGACUGGCACAACCGCACCCUGCGCAACGACUACCGGCACGCGCAGCCGCUGCGGGGCCGCGUGGUGGAGGCCUCCUUCCCAGCCCAGCAGGACCAGUGCCAUCCAGAGGAAUUCACCCUCAGGCUGGAUCAAAUCCAGAUGCAGCUCCAGGACAUGAAGACAGAGUUGCUGAAUGGGCUGAGCCACACAGGGGAACACAUAUUUACAGACAGUAAAAAUGCUCAUCUCAGUUCCCCCAGGAUAAAUAACCAUCACCUCUAUUUUAUACAACAUGAGAAAAGAGGAGGAAGGAGGGAAAACCAUGAUUUUCCCAAACAUUUGGGUGGGGGAGCUCAGCUCAUCUUUUCAUCAUUCCAAUCCCCUUCCCUGCUGACACAACACACAGCAGUAACAACACCCAGACCACACAGCCCUCCCAGCUCUGCGGCUGUUACCCUCCAGAAUUUGGGCUUGUUUACAGGAAAUGUAACUGCUGGCUUUUGGGUUAUUUCAGGUACAAAAUCCAGCACCUUCCCAGCUUUCUACUUCCCCGUGGAAAACAUUGAGAGCUUUGUGGAGGUUCAUCCCCUCCGUGCUGUGUCUCUGCAAGCCUUCACGCUGUGUUUCUGGAGCAGAGCCCAGCCCGUGGGCAGCCAGACCAUCCUGUCCUACUCCACUGGGGAGAGUGACCACGAGCUGGUGGUGACGGUGGGCACGGAGCUGGGGCUGUGGGUGGGAGGCCACUUCCUGAGCUUCCCCCUGCAGCAGGAGACGCAGGGCUGGCUGCACCACUGCGUGACCUGGGCGUCCCCAGAGGGAACGGCCAAGCUGUGGCUCAACGGAGCAGCUGGCAAAGCCAAGAGCGUCCAGAAGGGCUACGUGAGCCGGCCUGGGGGGACCCUGCUCCUUGGCAAGGACAGGGACAGCCUGCUUGGCACCUUCUCCAACGGGUUUGCGGGCUGGAUGAGCCAGGUGAACCUGUGGAGCCGCGUGCUCGGCGCCGCCGAGGUUCGCGCGCUGGCGCUGUGCAAGGCAGGGCAGCCCCCGGGGGAUGUCAUCGCCUGGGGACAGACCCCCAUGGCCCUCCUCGGGGGGGUGCUUCUGCUGCCUGACACCAGCUGCCAGUGAGCACAGCCUCUGCCUGGCUCAGGGCAUCCAGAGGGUCUGAGCUGUUUGUUGGGGAAAGCCAGAAAAACUGAGGUGGGUGCCCUUGCUGGACCCUCAAACACACGAGUGACAGUUCCUCAGAGGAGUUUAGUGCACUCCUUGCUUGUUUCUGCUCCUGCUUUGUGGGCUCACUAUGCACCUCCUGGUGCUCCAGGGUGUUUUUCCAAGAGACCAAAACCUCCAUCUGUGAGAUAAAAGUGAUGAACUGCAGAAUCUGGCACAAUGCAGCACCCUGGGUUGUUACAUCCCUCCCAGGGGCUUGAUUUAGAUCCCCGUGCACAGAUUUUUUUUCAUGCCAAAGAGCUGCUCUCUGGUCAAAGGAGCUUUCUCAAAUAAAAGUUCUCUCCCAUCCCUCACCUAGUCUCAGUUUCUCACCAUUUUCCCUGCUUGCCUCUCCUUCUGUUUGUCACCACCAACUCAGCACCCCUUCCCUUGCAGUGAUAUCCCACAGGAGAGUGGAUGUGGGGCUGGGGCAGGGCAGGUCCUAGGACAGGUCCUGUGCAAUCCCUGUGCCUUGGCCUGUGGCACAACUUUGCCUUCUUUUCUGCAGUGGAUGUAGAGACAGAGCACAGAAACAGUGCCUUUUUCAACACUUAUAUAUCACAAACUU